AUGGCUAGUGGUGAUAACUAUAAUAACUUAAACUGCAAGUCAACACUAAAUUUAUUUGACUUAAAUUCUCCUGUUUACUGCUCAAAUCACAAAUUGCCUGAAGCUCUUCAAAAAAUCGCUGACAUAGUUGGUAUUGAGAAUGUAACCAAUUCGGAAAAUGAAAUUCAAUCUCAUCGAGAUUCACUUGGAAAUUCUUUUAAACCUUUAAAGAAUGAAUACUCAAAUCUAAUCGUUUAUCCAACUUCGACUGAACAAAUAUCAAAAGUUGUCCGAGUUUGCAAUGAAUAUCGUUUACCAAUUGUUCCUUAUGCUGGUGGCACCUCAUUAGAAGGUCAGUAUGUUCCAACAAGAAAUGGUAUAUGUCUUGACACUUCAAAGAUGGCUAAAAUCAUUAGACUUAACCAAGAUGAUCUUGAUAUUGUGGUUCAACCUGGCGUAACGUGGCAGGAUUUAAAUGCUUUUUUGCAACCCUAUAACCUUUUUUUUGGACCUGAUCCUGGCCCUGGUGCUCAGAUUGGUGGAAUGGUUGCGACUUCAUGUUCAGGAACAAAUGCUUUUAGAUAUGGUACAAUGAAGGAUAACGUUUUAUCAAUGAAAAUAGUUCUUCCUGAUGGCACUUUAAUUAAAACUAAAAAUCGACCAAGGAAAUCUUCGGCAGGCUACAAUUUGACAAAUUUGUUUAUUGGUAGUGAAGGUACUUUGGGUAUUUGUACUGAGGUUACAUUGAAACUAAACAUCAUUCCUAAACAUGAAAUUAUUGCACUUUCUUAUUUUGAUUCAAUUAAGGAUGCUUCGAAAACCGUAUCGGAUCUUUUUAAAAAUGGGAUUCAAUUAAAUGCAAUUGAAUUAAUGGAUUCAAGACAAAUGAAAGUCAUUAAUCAGUUUAGUUAUACAGAUAGAAAAUGGUCAGAAAAUAAUUUACUAAUUUGUAAAAUCGGCGGUCCAACUAAGAAUAUUUUAAACGAUACAAUUGAUAUAUUUGAAAAGAUUUCAUCGCAAAACAAUGGAUUCAAUUUCGAAAUCGCCACUAAUGAGCGAGAAAAGACAGAAUUAUGGUCUGCUAGAAAGACAAAUCUUUGGUCUUCAAUAGAUUGGGCAAAAUCAAUGGAUCCCGAUAUGAAAUACUGGACUACCGAUGUUGCUGUGCCUGUCUCAAAAUUACCAAAUGUUAUUGAAGAGACUGCUAUUGAUAUCGAGAAUUCAGGAUUAAAUACCACUAUAGUCGGUCAUGUUGGUGAUGGAAAUUAUCAUGCGUUGAUUAUUUUCCCACCAGAGAAGGAGCAAAUCGCAAAACAAGUUUUAAAUAGAAUGAUAAAAAGAGCAAUAGACAAUGAAGGAACCGUAUCGGGUGAGCAUGGAAUUGGGUUAAGUAAAAGAGACUUUUUGAUUGAUGAAUUAGGUCAGGAUACUAUAAAUACAAUGAGAAAGAUAAAGUUAGCUUUGGAUCCUUUAAGAAUCAUGAAUCCCGAUAAAAUUUUUAAAAUUGAUCCAAAUGAUGUGAAAACAAGCCAUUAA